AUGUCUACGCAAUCAGGUAUUGUUGCAAACGAUGAUCUUUUAUGCAGAGUAAAUGGGUUAAAUAAAGAGGGUACUUCUAUUGUCGCCGGCAUAAAUGGUGAUUCCACAGAAGUUGAAUAUAUUUCACAAUGCAAUUCCAUAGAAGAAUUGGAAUCUUAUAUUGGUGAGAAUUCGACGAAGGCAUGUUAUGUGAUUGUCAGGGGGGCUACUGGAUUUCAUUUUCUGAAUUUCACACCUGAUGCAGCCCAUGUUCGUGAGAAAAUGUUAUUUGCAUCUACCAGUAAUACGUUACAAAGACAGAUUGGCUCUAACCACAUUUUGUCUACUUCUUUAUUGACAGAACCUAAAGAUUUUGUGCAGCAGCAAUGGAGGUCUCAGGAUAGUCCUAAGGCGUACACGGAGUCAGAGAUUAUCAAACGGCAAAUUGACGAACAAUUAGACUCUGAGGUCCAUUCGAGGGAUGCCCACCCGUUAGUUUCCCAAACCAACGGUUCGGGCCCAAGCUUAUCUUUCAAAAUCCAAGAAUCCAGUGCAGUGGAUGAAUUGUUGGCCGAAAACAACUUGUUGACCUUUGGGAUUGAUUUAGCUUCCGAACAAAUUGACUUAGCUUCGAAGAAAACUAUAUCUUCUCCCAAACAGUUAGUAGGUAAUAUUACAAGAGAAAAACCGAGUUAUACAUUAUACCAGUCGACUGAUGAGAAGACCUUCUUCAUUUAUAGUUGUCCUUCAGGAAGUAAAGUGAAGGAAAGAAUGAUAUACGCUGCUAAUAAACAAGGCUUCAUAAAUCAUUUACAAAAUAAAGAUCAGAUGUCAAUCACUAAAUCAAUUGAAGUAGGAGAUCCGGAAGAGCUUGAAUUAUCAAUCUUUGAUUUGAAAGCUGAUCUAGAAGAGCCUAUUAAUCCUCAAAAGUACAAAUUUGGAAGGCCAAAGGGUCCUCACAGAAGAAGUGCCUGA